UGGGAGUGAGUGGCUCGCCUGCGAGGGAGUAGAUGAGAGAAAGCUGAGGGCUACUGUAACUCACUGCAUGAGAGGAGCGUCGUUGAAAUCGUCUGCAUAUAAUACACAAGUAACCUGCGCUUUUCUAUCCGUAUAAAUCUUGGACCUUCUGUCUGGUGCUUCUGUUUGAGUUUUUUGUGCAUUUCUCUGUGAAAUAAGAGUAGGCUAUUUCGAGAGUUGCCUUGCAAAUAAUUUCUCUUCCGUCUUUCUGGGACUUUGUAGUUAAUGUCAGAGGAUUCAACCCCAGAACGCAAUAAUGUAACUGAAUCAAAGACUACUUUUUUUCGAGACAAAUAGGCCUAGCUACACAAUGUUGAUUGAAGCAACCGAUUGAAACAGUCAUACGCCCGUGUUCCAAGUGAGGAUCAGCUCCAAGCAUAUCCAAAACGCAUUACUGUUCCAAUGGAUUCCUGAAAAGGGGCGUACCAUAUGCAAGAACCAGACAUUGCGGGCAGAUCAUUCUACUACAAGGGCACAUUCUGUACUGUAAAGUUGACAGGCUGCUGGAACUCGAAAUGUAUGUUAGAAUAGCACCAUUUUUUUGACCCGACUAAAUAUUUGAAUGCGCAUGUUUUUAAAAGCAAACAGUGUUUCCACAUGCUCUUAUUGGAAUAGGCUAUGUCAUUUGGAAAUACGGUUUGAUUACUUUGUAUUAUUUUCUACCACGGCUGGAACAAGCGUUGCUAUGCAGAUCAUGCACUGUUGCCCAAUGUUAGCGAUACAUUUGAUCGUCUGACACCAUAUCUCAUUUUAGGGGAUAUCUUUUAGGCUGUCUCAACCAACUAUUGGAAAUGUAUUUUGCGUAAACAGCUUUCUGGAUAUUACAAAACCAUGAUGGCAAACGAGAAUCCUUAUAACAGUCGCUUUAUUGUCGAAAAAUACAUCCAACACAAACUGUUGAACAUGGGAUUUGUAUGGAAAUUUCAAGCAGAAAACGAUUCUUCAAAUAAUGGCUUUGGGGACCCCUCUACACCCAACUCCCCUGAAGUUUUUGCACGGAGGUCCCAGCCCACCGCCGCAGGCGAGGACUCCGACUCUCCUUACCAAAACAGGAGUCCGCAACCUGACCCACAUGUCAGGCUGCACAGAGUCCUGCGCGAGGCGGGUGGCGAGAUUGAAAGAAUGUAUCAGCGGGACUUUGCAGAGAUGUCGGGUCAGUUGCAUUUUACGCCCAGCACGGCACAGAGAAGGUUUACCGCUGUAAUUGAUGAGCUCUUCAGCGACGGGGUAAACUGGGGUCGGAUUGUGGCUUUCUUUGAGUUUGGAGGGACAAUGUGCGUGGAGAGCGUCAACCGGGAGAUGACGUCCCAGGUAGACAACAUCGCUCGUUGGAUGACGGAGUACCUGAACGGACCCCUACAGAACUGGAUCCAGGAGAAUGGUGGCUGGGAUGCCUUUGUGGAGAUGUAUGAGCAGCAGAGGAUCUCUCACUCCUGGCCGUACCUAAAGACAGUGUUCGGCCUGGCCGCCCUGGGAGCCGCCGGAGUCACCAUCGGAGCCUUGUUCACCCAGAAGUGAUACAAAAGGCCCCAGAAGACCCUCCCCCUCGUCAAUCGCCUGCUACCAGAUGAAGGCUCCUUACCCAGUAGCCCCCCCCCCCCCCAAAACAAAGGCCCACAGCAAGUUUUCUUUCCAAAAAACUGGCAGCCUAUAAUUUUGCUGUGCACAGACUACAAUAUUUCGUUUCUUGUUCCCAUCUCCUUCUUUUUUCCUCAUGUAUCUUUGAAAGCAGCUCACAGCUUAGCACUGCCCAGCCCGGGCCUGUAGCAUGGUUCUAUCCCAGAGCUCCCGGCUCUUCAAAGGAAACUGCACAACUCUGUUACUCCCCAACUGCCAACAGAACAGUUCUUUCAUACUCUAUGACCCGUCCUCCUGCGAAAUGAAAAGGACAGCCUUGUAUAUGCAUACACACACAGAUGAAUGCACCCAUGCAUAUUCUAUACUACUGUAGGAACCUACCAACAAGGAAUAUCUAUAGAAAGUUUGCAUACAUACUGGUUGGAUAAUUAUACACUCAUUCAUAGACACACACCAACAGACACAAUGAAUAUUGCAUUUUGGAGGUGAACAUAUUCACACAAUCUCAAGCGUGCGUUCUCACAACCAAAUUACUUGUAUGAUAUAUGGUUAAUGAACAUAACACAAGUGAUUGUUUAUCCAUAAACUGAAAAACAAACUGUUUUUUUUUUAGAUAACUGUUUUCAGCAUGAUUCUGUGGUACAUGUAACAUUGUAACAUUGACACUGACCGAAACGUCAAACAAAAACAUCCCAAAUGUACAGUACACACCCCGCUUCCAUCGCCAGCAUGUGUGGGGAAGGUGGCCAUUUUUGCCAGUGUCCAUGUAUGCAUGAUGCCUUUUGAUGACAUGGAGCACGUUUGGCAGAAUGAUUGGUUCGGACAAAGUCAGGGUUGUGUUCAGUGGGCCCCAAAUGGGAAAAAACAGCCCGAAACCAGGAGU